GAAAAGGAAUGCCCUUGAAACAAGCAACACUGCAAACAGGCAGAUGACAAAAGGCACUUGUGGAGGGCAGCAGGUCGAGACCUGGUUUGCCCCAUGGGGCACAAGUGAUUACUAAGCGAGAAGAGCACGGCCGAGCGUGUGUGAGACAAGGCUCAGGUCCUUCCAACUCCGGCUCUUGAACUCGUCCUAAUGACAUGGCUGGUUUAUCCCAUGUCAGACCCACAUUCACCUAGAAGCCAUCUGGUUCACUGGCCUGGCAGUGACGGAGCUGGGUUUGUAGCCUGGAAAUGCCAGUUACUAGCUGUGUGCACAUGGGACUAAUUCAACUAUGGCCCUGGGUGUUCUCACCUAUUAAAUGGGGUACCAGUUCUGCAGGGUUGAGAAUCCGUGGCUAUCACGUUGGAGCUGCACGCAUACACAGAACGAGACCAGAGCAUGCACUCUGCAUUGGUCCAGACCCAAACUAUUCCAAAGAGAUGCAUGACUAGUGAAUGAAAGAAUUUUAAGAUUCGAAUGCCAUCGGUUUACAAAUAAAAGCCCUCUCAGGUCCCAGCAGGCGAGUCGGUCGCCAGCCCGGGGGCAGAGGGGUCUCAGUGACGGAGCCACAGCUUCCUAUCUUUGACCCCAAAUUACAUGGGUGCAGACUGGUCAUGUGGAUUCUGAUCUGCUAGAUGGGUUGGGCCUCUUCCAAUCAGCAACCGAGGGUUCUUCAAAACUACUCAGCGGAAACAUGGACCACAUCACAGAGAGGCAGAGGUAGAGCCUGCUGCUGAGCACAGCUCAUCUCUGGAACAAACUGAAAAGGCAUCUUGGUGGGUGUUCAUCAGAACAGACACUAUGGAGGAUGACGACUAUUUUGCAAGCGUGUUCAACGUGUCCAACGCCAACAAACAGGAGCACAAUAACUUCCUGGAGUUCAAGAAGCUCUUUCUGCCCUGCAUGUACGUGGCCGUGUUCCUCUGUGGCCUGGUGGGGAACUCGCUGGUGCUGGUCAUCUACAUCUUCUACCAGAAGCUGAAGAGCCUGACGGACAUGUUCCUGGUGAACCUGCCCCUGGCUGACCUGGUGUUUGUCUGCACCCUGCCCUUCUGGGCCUACGCAGGCAUGCACGAAUGGGUCUUCGGCAAGGUGAUGUGCCAAAUCCUGCUGGGCGUCUAUACUUUCAACUUCUACACGUCCAUGCUCAUCCUCGUCUGCAUCACCGUGGACCGCUUCAUGGCGGUGGUCCGGGCCACAAAGGCCUAUAACCAGAAGGCGAAGCGGAUGAGCUGGGGCAAGGCCAUCUGCGGGUCCAUCUGGGUGGUCUCCCUGCUGUUGGCCUUGCCACAGAUCAUCUAUGGUGAUGUCCAUGAGCACGACAAGUGGGUCUGUGAUCACAACGAGGCGAUUUCCACUGUGGUUCUCGCCACCCAGAUGACUCUGGGGUUCUUCCUGCCACUGCUCACCAUGAUUGUCUGCUACUCGGUCAUAAUCAAGACGCUGCUUCGUGCCCGAGGCUUCCAGAACCACAAGUCUCUCAAGAUCAUCUUCCUGGUGGUAGCUGUGUUCCUGCUGACCCAGACGCCCUUCACUCUCGUGAAGCUCAUAGGCAGCACGAGCUGGGUGUACCACACCAUGACCAGCUACCACUACGCCAUCGUCGUGACGGAGGCCAUUGCCUACCUGCGGGCCUGCCUCAACCCUGUGCUCUACGCUUUUGUUGGCCUGAAGUUUCGGAAGAACUUCUGGAAACUUGUGAAAGACAUUGGCUGCCUCCCUUACGUGGGAGCCUGGAGCCAGCCGAAGUCCUCGGAGGACACUUCCAAGACGUGCUCCGCCUCCCAGCAAGCGGAGGGCACCAGCAUGUUCCAGCUGUAGGCUUUGGGGCUCAGAGAAGCUGCCCAGGAACUUGCAGGAGCACAGAAUGCCGUGUCCUCUGGCGGCGACGGGGAAGGCUUUGUUUAUAGCUUGUGCAUUUUCACGGAGAAGUGACCCAACGCUGCAGCUGGUGUGCAAUGCUUCUUCUCAGGCGUGAACACACCUGUUCUCUCCUUGAACACCUGGCCUAAAGCUCACAGGGGGAGCUAGAAACUGUAGAGGGUUUCCUUCCUCCAUCUCCGAGAAUUCUGACACCAGGGGGAAUGGCGUGACUCUAAAACCCCAGGUUCUCCUUCACUGAGACUGAGACUGAAGGUUGAAGAGGUUCCAUGACCACAGAGCUGCUGA